AUGGGAUUAACUCCGCCCCCUUCAGAACAGAGGUAUAUAAAGGUCGUCUUUGACGUGGGAUGCUACCACUGGUCUCCAGGUCUCCCUCGAAUAAACAAUAUGAAGCUUAUUGUUCUUGCCUGCCUUGCUGCCGUAGCUGUUGCUGCUAAGCUGGAGGACCGAGUGGUCACCCUCCUUCGCGAUGACCGCGUAGCCAACGAAGACGGCACCUUCUCCUACGCCGUGCAAGCCGACAACGGCAUCAACACAGCCGUUGAAGGAGUCGUUGGAUCUGCCGGUCAGAUAAAUCAGCAGGGAUCUUACACCUAUACCCUUGAAGACGGUACCCAGGCUGUUGUCACCUACAUCGCCAACGAGAACGGCUUCCAGCCCCAGUCCAGCAUCCUGCCCACUCCCCACCCUCUCCCCGCCCACGUUUUUAGGCUGUUGGAAAUCGCCGAGCGUCAGCGCGCUGCUGGCAUCGUGUUCAACUAAGAAAAUGAGAAAAUAAAGAAAUUUUAUUUAUGGGAGUGAUAUGGAUGCUGAAGCAAUAAAGUUUACGAUUGAAA